AUGAAUGUACCGCCGAAGAAGUUAAGGAAGGUCACGAAGCCCGUGGCGGCUGGUCAACCAGUAAAACUGAAGGCUGCGAAACAAUCGCACGUCAAUUUACGUGUAAUGUCCGGCUGUACAGGGAAGCUUUCGCCAGUCGAAAGCAAUAGUCCAUCAGCGUCCAAAUCAACAAAUGUACAGAAGAAGGUAGCGGAGAUGAAAGUACCGCCGAAGAAGUUAAGGAAGGUCACGAAGCCCGUGGCGGCUGGUCAACCAGUAAAACUGAAGGCUGCUCAACCAGUAAAACCGAAGGUUCCUCAACCAGUAAAACUGGCAUCGGCCAUAAAAUCGCACGUCAAUUUACCGAAAGACCCGUAUGUUAAG